AGCCUCAGCGAAUCAAGAGUUGCCUUUCAUCCGUAGUACCCGGAUUUACCCGUAGGGAAAUUAGCUACGUCAUUGUUCACGGACUGACUACAGCUGGAAAUAGUACAUGGACAUGCACGUAUAAUAAUAUAUUUAUAAAAAAUUACAGCAAUGAACAAUGACCAUAGUUGACAGAUCUUCAGAGAAAUCUGACCUAGAGUCAGUCGGGUGCAAGCGCUCAGGAUCGCUGAACUUUCCCGGCGGUGACAGGAACGGGAUGGACAGUGGCUGCUCCAGCUGGGGGGCGGGGGGCCCCUCGUCCUCCGACACCCCCAGGGUGAAGACAGGGGGCUGCAUGGGCCCCACCCCUGGAGCCACAGUCUACAGCAGCAGUGCAGACAGGCCCAAGGAGCAAGUGGUGCUGACCAGUGGGGACGGCAUCGCCCUGCCCCAGAAGGUGCUGUUCCCAGCCGAGCGGCUCAGCCUGAAGUGGAACCAGGUCCACCGCAUUGGAUCAGGUCUCCAGAACCUGGGAAACACCUGCUUCCUCAACUCAGCUCUGCAGUGUCUCACCUAUACCGCUCCCCUCACUAACUACAUGCUGUCCCGGGAGCACUCUAAAACAUGUCAUGAGCCUGGGUUCUGUAUGAUGUGCACAAUGCAGAAUCACAUCACCCAGGUCUUCGCCAACUCUGGGAAUGUCAUCAAGCCCAUCGGAGUCCUCAACGAGCUCAAACGGAUUGCAAAGCAUUUCCGCUUUGGCAGCCAAGAGGACGCCCAUGAGUUCCUGCGGUACACAGUGGACGCUAUGCAAAAGUCCUGCCUGCCUCUAAACAAAUUGGACAGGCAAACGCAAGCAACCAGUUUCAUCCAUCAAGUCUUUGGAGGGUAUCUACGGUCCAGAGGUAGGCUUAUUAGUUAAAAUGGUUUCAACUGCAAAGCAGUCUCUGACACCUUUGACCCUUAUUUGGAUUGUGCUUUGGAACUUUCAGACUGCUCCCAUAUCACAAAGGCUCUGGAACAGUUUGUUAAGCCUGAGCAGCUAGGAGAGAAUGCCUACAGAUGCGCUAAGUGUAAGAAGAUGGUUCCAGCCUCUAAGAGAUUCACCAUCCACCGCAGCGCUAAUGUGCUCACCAUCUCACUGAAGCGAUUCGCCAACUACAACGGGGGCAAGAUCGCUAAGGACGUGAGGUAUGCUGAGUGCCUAGACCUGCGUCCCUUCAUGUCUCAGUCCCACGGCGAGCCCCAGGUCUACGUACUCUAUGCUGUCCUGGUGCACUCUGGCUUCAGCUGCCACGCUGGACACUACUACUGCUACGUCAAGGCUAGCAAUGGCCAGUGGUACCAGUUGAAUGACUCCUCUGUGUUGGUCAGUGACAUUAGGUCAGUCCUCAACCAGCAGGCUUACGUCCUCUUCUACAUCAGGUCACCUGAUCUGAAGAACGGAGGGGACUACAAUCACACGUGCCGGACCCCGGGGCCCCUCGGCCAGUCGUCCCCCCGCCCCAUCCUCACACCCCGGGUCAACAUUGGGCCACGGCACACCAACACUGGCUUCAUAGGGCCACAGCUGCCCCCACACAUGGCCAAGAACCUCUUUCACGUCAAUGGGAAUGGCUCGCUAAGUGACUACCCCUCUGGCUCUAAGCCCAGCACCAGCAGUGACAGCAGCAUGGGAAAGACUAGCUACAGCCCGCUCGCCACCUCUUCCUCCCAUCCUCUCAGCCAUCCUCUCAGCCAUCCCACAGGCAUCCCUGACCCCGCCAAGCGCCAGAAGCUCUCCUUCUUCAUCGGUCAGGGCAAACAGAUCCGCCCCUCAUCAUCCUCUUACGUCCAGCCGUCCUCUUCGUCACAGUCUACAUCAGACAUGUCUACGCCCCGGGAUCCCCACGUUAACGGCACUCCCUCCGGUAACAGAAACGGUCACGGGGCGUCGUUCCUGGUGCCGUACGGCCAGGAGUCGUCUGAGGAGUCGGACCAGGAGGGAGGCAGUGGUCUGGGGAACGGCACGGCUAAGCCUCACAUUAACGGGAGRAAGGGAGAGACCGUCUACGGCCCCGUCCCCAGAGUGCUGGCCCUCAAGACCAACGGCAUCGGUAACGGCCAGGCUACCAUGCACCGUAACGGGACCAACAGCUUCUCCAAACUCAGCCAGAACGGACACCACAACAUCAAUGACAUCAAACACCCUGAGAAGAUCCACGGUAACGGUCAUGCGAUGUCGCCCGGUUUGGGUUCCAGCAUGUCUAAUGGGGCGGAGGCUCACCACAGUGGCCCAAGCAAAGAGGUGUAUUGCGCCACCCCCAGCCAGGCCAGCACCUCUCAAGGCCUGCACAGUGCCGACAUCGACAGCCGCCUCUCCCUCACCCCAGAGAAAAUGGCUAAAACUCACUCUGGCCCCCUCCCUCACCACGCACCAUCAACCGCUGCUAAACCUCCAUCCUCAUUGGCUGAUGUUGGAGCUAAACCACUUACCGACGCCUUGAGGGAAUCCAGCUCCAACCCUGGGGUCUUAUUCCUCCAGCCCACCCCCCGCGCCCUCAGUACCCCAGUCGCCCCAGCCCUCUCCGGACCAGGCCUGGGAGCCACGAAAGGCCUCGGAGCCCCACACAGGGGACCUGGGGAGGACGUCAUAGAGACCCAGAACAGCCCAGCUGCAGGGCUGGAUGGAAAGCCCAGCUCCAAAGAGGGAAGAGACCAGAUGUACUCUUCCGAUCGGGAGGAGAAAGGCAGGUUGAACUCUUCCGAUCGGGAGGAGAAAGGCAGGUUGAACUCUUCCGAUCGGGAGGAGAAAGGCCGACUACAUUCUUCGGACCGCGAUAGGGAUCGAGACCGGCUGUACUCUUCUGACCGGGAUAAAGACGGAGAAGGGGAUAGGUACCACCGGGACAGGAGCCGUGAACGUAACCGGGACCAUGACUCAGACCGGCACCGGCGAGACCACCGAGACAGAGACUACCACCGGUCGUACCGGGACCGCUCGCUCAGCCGGGACAGACACCGGAACUGGGAGUCUGAGGCAUUCCUCUCACAGCGACGCUAUCACCCCAGAGAGAGGGACAGGGACCGCUGUCACCACCAUUACCACCACAGAACGAGAGAGGACAGGAAUAGGGACAGGAGGGAGCACAGCCACCACAGCCUCCCACACAGAGAGGAGCUUCAUGGACGCUCAAGGUGGAGGGAUGAAGGUAAAGAGAGGGGUUACCACCCUUCACAGGAGACCCCUCUGCCCACCCCACUGAGCUCCAGCACCAAGCCCAGUCAGUCCCUACCUCGCCCAGCCCUUUCCCCAGCCAGACCAGCCCUGGAGAAACGACCCGAGCCUCACAGAGAGGAGAGAAAGGACAGCUCUGAGGAGUGUCGGGCCAAGAAACCCAAGAAGCGCAAGAAGAAGAAGUCCAAGGACAGAGAGAGGCACCGAGAGAAUAGGACCUUUGACGUGGAUUCCUCUGACAGGGCAGCCGACGGCAGCAGUUCCUCCAAACACAAGAAAAGUAGGAGGUAUGAUACUGACACGGAGGAUGAGAAGUCGGGGGGUGAGAUCCGCUCUACCCAGAGUUCCGAGGGGCACCGUGACCCCAAUGCCMCCCGGGAGGGUCGCAGGGCAAGCAGCAGCGACGAUGAGAGGGCGAGCAAGAAGCAACGUUACCAGGACGAUGGCUAUGACAACAGCUACCCCAAGAAACGGCAUCGCGCCGAUGACAACGACCGCUCCUUCUCCUCUCGUGAUGGAUCACCAACAGCAGCUCCUCAAAACGCAUCGCACUGCCACUUCAACAAACACACAGGUAAUGGCUUAGGUCAACCCAAUGGAAACUCCCACGAAUGUUCUACCAAUGGACUGUACAAUGACCUUAGACAGUAGAUUUUCUCUGUUCGACCAGAGACACAGAACAAUACUUGGAAUACUUUACUUUAAAUAUCAACCUUUAUAUAAAAGUGAAAUUCAACGGCUACAGGAAUGUCAUCCCAAAUAUUUGAACGUGGUGCUGUAUUAUUGGGAAUAUACUGUAUUUUUACCACAUGAGAAAUUAAGAUUCUACUAGAUUUUUUUCAAAUUCACUCUUCAGCGGUGUACACUUGUCACUCAAUGUACAUUAUGAUGAAUAAGCUGCACAGUGGAAGACUCAGGACUUUGUUCAAACGAGACUUAUUCCUCCUCGGAGAACUGAUCAACUGGUUAAAUAAUCCAAAAAGAGGAAGACAAAUAGUUUUCUUGCCUAGGAGAUGAACUGUUUGUCACCAUUAUCCACAUAUCUGUAUAGGUGGAGGUAUAAAACCUCUCUCUGAUGGAGGGAAAUGUUAUGGAGUGAGUAGUGUCUGGAGGAGAAGGAGCUGGCCUGGGCCCCAUGCAGCUGGGCUGUUGUGACUACGUGUGUACUUAACACAACUCCACCUACCCUGGAGACUUUUACUUUCUAAAGCCUACGAUCAUCCCUCUGAAUCCUUCACAGGAGAAGAACGAUAUCCCUCGCUCUCACUGAGAUUUCCAAUUCUUUUAACUUGUUAUUCAAGCAUUUAAAAAAGCUGAACAAUAAUCAUGUUACCACUUAUGGCUUUGGACCUGUGUUUCUGCUUUUUUUAUUCUGUUUUCUAGCAUCCAUAAGAAAUACUGUGAAUUUAAUUUUGAACUGUACUAUCAGUUUUUUUUAUACAUAAGUCCUGUAUCAGGAAUACAAAUAGAGAAUAGUUUUGUUUUAGAGAAUUACCACGACGUAAUUUAGACCUUGUUCUAUGGACACAAGUCAGUGAAAUGGGUAGGAUGGUUUGCUUGGGGUUUUUUCUAACUAAAAAGACAAAAUGUUCAUGUUAACACAUUUUUAGUUCUACAAUAUCAUGUCAAAUGUAUACAUUGUACAUUGAUUAACUGGGCAUUUACACACCGAUGGGAAUAGUGUCUGCCUUUGUAUUGGACAGAUGAAGUCCGUUCUCUGAAUUUUGGUAAAAGGUUUUGCAUAUGAG